AUGUCACGUCUACCUAUCCGCGCGUGCUUCAUCUCCAUCAGAAACUUUAGUCACACCAAUUUUCUCCCUGUCUUCACUCUAACACCAGAAGCCAACAACAUUCUCGAUAAGGUUCGCGUACUCUCCACGCCUGGCCACCUCACGGAAGCUCUCUCACUUUUCUACAAUGCGCCGCCGUCUCUUCACUCUCAGCAAACUUACGCCACUCUCUUCCACGCGUGUGCUCUUCACGGCAGCCUCAAACAAGGCCAGCAUUUACACCAACACAUGCUUUCCCAUUACGGUAGCCACCCAUUUGACCUCUUCGUCACCAAUCAUUUAAUCAACAUGUACUGUAAAUUUGGGCUCUUAGACAAUGCGCAGCAACUGUUCGAUGAAAUGCUUAAAAGAAACCUUGUUUCUUGGACUGCACUAAUUUCGGGCUAUGCUCAACAUGGGCAUCACACUAAGUCUUUCAGUAUGUUUUCUGGCAUGUUAUUACACUUCCGUCCAAAUGACUUCACGUUCGCGAGUGUGCUUAGUUCAUGUGAUUACGUGUGUGGCAAGCAAGUACAUGCGCUUGUGUUGAAGAUGUGUUUUGAUGCUUAUGUGUUCGUGGCGAAUGCUCUUGUAAAUAUGUAUAGUAAGAAUUGUGGUUGUGGUGGUAGUAUAAAGGAGGCUUGGAAGGUGUUUGAGAAUAUGGAGUUUAGGAAUGUGAUAUCUUGGAAUUCGAUGAUUGCAGGGUUUCAGUACUGUAAAUCUGGAGCGCAAGCUAUCAAUCUUUUUUUUAAUAUGCGGCGUGAGGGUAUUGGAUUUGAUCGUGCCACGAUUCUUAGUGUUUUGACGUCCUUGUGUGGAAGUUAUGAUAUGGAUGUUCACUCGGGUCUAAAGUUUUGUUUUCAAUUGCACUGCUUGAGUGUCAAAACUGGGUUUAUCUCAGAAAUUGAAGUGGCAACGGCUCUAGUGAAAGCUUACUCAGAUCUUGGUGGAGAUGUUUCUGAAUGUUACAGGCUUUUCUUGGAGAGGAGAUGUUGUUGGGAUAUUGUUUCAUGGACAGGAAUUAUAACAGCGUUAGCAGAAUGUGAACCGGAAGAAGCUCUAUUCCUCUUUCGUCAGCUGCGUCGAGAGGGCUUGACUCCAGACUGGUGUACUUUCUCAAUUGCACUAAAGGCUUGUGCAGGUCUUAUGACAGAACGACAUGCCUCGACAGUUCAUUCACAAGUAGUAAAGGCUGGCUUUGAGGGACAUAUUGUACUUGCAAAUGCUUUAAUCCAUGCCUAUGCAAGGUGUGGAUCCAUUGUCUUAUCCAAGCAAGUUUUCAAGGAAAUGGGGUUUCGAGAUUUGGUUUCUUGGAAUUCUAUGCUCAAGGCUUAUGCCUUGCAUGGGCAAGCUAAAGAAGCCUUGCAACUCUUUUCGACAAUGAAUGUCCAACCAGAUUCUGCAACUUUUGUUGCUUUACUUUCAGCUUGCAGCCAUGCUGGAUUGGUGGAAGAAGGAAAUAAAAUCUUUCACUCCAUGUGCGAUAAUUAUGGAAUCACUCCUCAACUAGAUCAUUAUGCCUGCAUGGUUGAUAUUCUUGGGCGAGGUGGGCGAAUUCUUGAGGCUGAGAAGCUUAUAAAUGAAAUGCCAAUGGAGCCUGAUUCAGUUGUUUGGAGUGCAUUGCUGGGUUCAUGUAGAAAGCAUGGUGUGACACAUUUAGCUGAGUUAGCAGCAUCUAAACUGAAGGAAUUAGUGCCUGGAGAUUCAUUAGGUUAUGUACAAUUGUCAAAUGCAUAUUGCUCAAGUGGCAGUUUCAGUAAAGCAGGACUAAUUAGGAAAGAAAUGGAGGGGUGUAAAGUGCGUAAGGAACCUGGUUUAAGUUGGAUUGAAAUUAAGAAUCAAUUCCAUGAAUUUGCCUCUGGAGGCAAACGUCAUCCACAAAGAAAGGCUAUAUGUACAAAGCUUAGUGAACUGAUUGCGCGGUUGAAGGAGAUAGGUUAUGUGCCAGAGACGAGCUUGGCCUUGCAUGACAUUGAAGAGGAGCACAAAGAGGUGCAACUAUACCAUCAUAGCGAGAAGUUGGCUUUGGUGUUCGCUGUAAUGAAUCAAGAAAGUAUGCACUGUGAAGCUAGUGUAAUAAAAAUUAUGAAGAAUAUCAGAAUUUGUGUUGACUGCCAUAACUUCAUGAAGUUAGCAUCAGAUCUUCUUCAAAAGGAGAUUGUUGUGAGAGAUUCAAACCGUUUUCACCAUUUUAAAGAUAGAAAAUGCUCGUGCAAUGAUUAUUGGUAAUAAACUGGAAUUACUCAACCAAAGUACUGGUGGCAAGUUCAUAAAGCACUGUAGAUCAUGGUGAAAUCAAUGGUAUUUGAUUUUGAAUGGAAUCUUGAGUGAGUUUUGUAACAAGGGCAAACUGAUGGAGGAGUUUGAAUGAGCAGAAUGAGAUUGAUAACUUUAAGGGGGUUAGAAGGGAGCUGGAGCUGAUAUGUCUGUUAAGUAUUGAACUCAGAGAAAAACAAAAGAAGUUCUCUUUGAUAUAAGAUUUAGUAUUAUAGUUCAAAAAUUAAUGGGCUCUAACCAAGUAAUUUUUGAACUAUACGAAUGGAGAUAUUUUCAGUGAGUUUUGUUUGCUGUAACAAAUACAAACUGAUGGUGGAGUCUGAAUCAGCAGAAUAUUUGGGAGAAGACUGAUAACUUUAAGGGGUCCGGUUAGAAGGGAGCUGGAGCUGAUAUGUCUGUAAGUAUUGAACUCGGAGAAAAACAAAAGAAGUUCUCUUUGACAUAAGAUUUAGGAUUAUUUGCUCUCUCCUGAUAUGGAUUCAAUGCAGUAAAUAAUUAUUCUCUUUAUUUCACAUAUAGUUAUUGAGCAA